CCCAGAAAAACCACAUGCGUCUCCACCGCUCAGCUCUCUCCGGUGCCGAGGCGGAGAGAUGCGCACAACACCGAGGAGAGGAGGACACCACCGAGGACAGGACACAGCAGCAGCAGCAGCAGGACAGAAAUGCGCACGAACCGGGCGUCUCUCAACACAAUGGCUCACAGGGAAUACGGCUAACUUUGACACACACUUCUGCAAAAUGCCCCGGAGAGCUGAGCUGCCGAGCGGCUGAAUCUCAGAGCACAAUAACACACAGAGACUUGAGAGAGGAGGAGAGAAGAGGAGGACCUGAUAUUCCAGUCAUUUCUAUCCCAGCACACUUUGGUUUCUAGAGAUGAUCAGUGAGCUGGUGUGCACCGCCGUGGCUGUGGGUCUCUAUCUGAACACGCUGGACGCGGAUUUCUGCUACGAUGACAGCCGAGCCAUCAAGACCAACCAGGACCUUCUUCCUGAGACGCCGUGGGCCAACAUCCUGUACGACGACUUCUGGGGUACCCUGCUCACUCACAGCGGCAGCCACAAGUCCUACCGUCCGCUCUGCACCCUCUCCUUCCGCCUCAACUACACCCUGCACGCCCUGCGUCCGUGGGGCUACCACCUGCUGAACGUGGCGCUGCACGGCCUCGUCACCGCCCUCUUCACCGCCUUCAGUCGCCCGCUCCUCGGCGGAGGACUGUGGAGCCUGCUGGCCGGCCUUCUUUUCGCUUCCCAUCCGGUUCACACGGAAGCGGUCUCCGGCGUGGUCGGUAGGGCGGACGUCGGCGCCGCGUUGUUUUUUUUGCUGUCUCUUCUCUGUUACGCGAGACACUGUAGACUUCGCAGGGACCCGCAUGGGACUUUUCCGACCAGGCGAUGCGGCGGCAGCUCGGUCGCCUGGUGCUGGGGCUGGAUGCUGGGCAGCCUGUGGUGCGCGGCCGCCAGCAUGCUGUGGAAGGAGCAAGGGGUGACGGUGCUGGCCGUGUCGGCCGUGUAUGACCUCUUCGUGUUCCAGAGGCUCCGGUUUCGCCAAGCGCUUCUCCUCCUGCUAGGAAAGAAAAAGAACAUCGGCGUUUUGCUGAGUCUCGGCGUGCUGGCUUCCUGGGGAGUGCUUCUGCUGUCAGCUCGCCUCUACUGGAUGGGCAAUAAGCCUCCCAACUUCUCCAACUCCGACAACCCCGCGGCCGACUCGCCGCAUUUUCUCACUCGAACCCUGACGUUCCUCCACCUGCCGGUCGCUAACGCCUGGCUGCUGCUCUGCCCCGACAAGCUGAGUUUCGACUGGUCCAUGGACGCCGUGCCCUUGGUGAGGUCCUUGGCCGACUGGAGGAACCUUCACACCGUUGCCUUUUAUGGUGGAUUUAUCUUCCUGGGUUUGUUCGGCCUUCGCGGACCCACCUCCAAAGCCAAGGAGACCAAUGGGAAAGCCUACGUCGCUAAUGGGAAAUCAAUCACCAAUGGGAACGGUUACCAUGCCCCUGACACAAACCAUAACACAGACCAGGGGCCGCCAAAGACCACAAUGAACGGGUCCGCUGGGCUCCACCACUGCCCUCCACGGGCGUCCCUGCCCCCUACGGAAAACCUAGUACUAUUUUCAUUAGGCAUCCUCUCAUUGCCUUUCAUCCCAGCCACAAACCUCUUCUUUUAUGUAGGUUUUGUCAUUGCAGAGAGGGUACUGUACAUCCCCAGUAUAGGCUUCUGUUUACUGGUUGCUGCUGGUGCAAGAACCUUGUACGUCAGACUGAGGACUAGAGGCUGCAAGGCCUUACUGUUGUGUCUCUGUGCGGGACUAGUGCUGCUGAAUGGACUCCGAACUGUUCAAAGAAACAGAGACUGGAGCAAUGAGGAGAAUCUCUACAAGUCUGGGAUUAGUGUGAAUCCUGCUAAAGCCUGGGGAAACUUGGGGAACGUACUGAAGAACCAGGGCAAGAUGGCGGAGGCGGAGAAGGCGUACAGAAACGCUCUGCACCACCGAGGGAACAUGGCUGACAUGCUGUAUAACCUUGGCUUGCUGCUGCAGGAGAAUGAGCGUUUUACCGAGGCGCUGCAUUAUUACAAACUGGCCAUUGGGAGUCGGCCAACACUGGCAUCGGCCUACUUGAACACAGGAAUCAUCCUGAUGAACCAGGGCACCCUGGAGGAGGCCAAACGCACCUUCCUGACUUGUGCCGACAUUCCAGACGAAAACUUGAAGGACCCGCACGCCCACAAGAGCUCCGUCACCAGCUGCCUGUACAACCUGGGGAAACUGCUCCACGAACAGGGCCAGCAGGAGGAGGCCCUGACUAUUUAUAAGGAAGCGGUACAGAAAAUGCCCAGACAGUUUGCACCACACAGCCUUUUCAACAUGAUGGGAGAGGCCUACAUGAGGCUGAACCGGCUGGAGGAAGCAGGCCACUGGUACAGAGAGUCCCUCAGGGCCAAGCCUGACCAUAUCCCGGCCCACCUCACUUACGGCAAACUCCUGUCCAUCAUUGGGCAGAAGGCAGAAGCAGAGAAGUACUACCUGAGAGCUAUCCAGCUAGACCCGACUAAAGGAAACUGCUACAUGCACUACGGUCAGUUCCUGCUGGAGCAGUCUCGUCUCGGCGAGGCGGCGGAGAUGGCGGAGAGAGCCGCAGAGCUGGACAGCUCAGAGUUUGACGUGGUCUUCAGCGCUGCUCACAUGCUCAGACAGGCCAGUCUCAAUGAGGCAGCAGAGAGGCAGUAUGAGCUUGCAGCCAGCCUCAGACCAGAUUACCCGGCUGCUCUGAUGAACCUCGGUGCCAUCCUCCACCUGAACGGGAAGCUCCCUGAAGCCGAGGCCAACUACCUGCGCGCGCUCCAGCUCAAACCCGACGACGUCAUCACCCAGUCCAACCUGCGCAAGCUGUGGAACAUCAUGGAGAGGCAGGGAAUCAGGAUUAAGCGUGGGCUCGGGACGCAGAGGAAAGACCUUUGAACUGAGAGAGUUUGCCGCUCUGUUCUCUUCACGAUGACGCAGCGUGUCCUCCCCGAGAGCGAAACACAGGAUGUGGAAGAGCUGGAGGCUAAACGCUCUCUCUACGAGACAGGAAAGACUAAUUCUUUAGAGUUGUGACCUGUGAUGCUUGUGGAAGACAGUUUUUGAGGCUUGGCAUGUUUUGGAUUCAAGGUUCAGGCCGAUAAUACGUCACCACCGGUGCUGUGUGGGGGCUCAAACGACUAAUGCUACCUUUAUUAUUACAUUUGUCGUUAAACGAUGCACUGAAAUCAAAGGCAAAUAACUGCAAAAUCUAAAAGAAAAAAAUCUUGAGAACAAAUGUCUCUAAAAUCAGCUGAUUAUUAUUUCACUAUCAGUAAAAUCUUAGGUAUGUUUUAAAGCACUUAAUUUGAAAGCGGAUGUAGCAAAAGUAUUUAAAUAAUAAUGUCUGCAGAAAUAUUGUCAGCAUUGUCGGGUGAAUGAUGCCAACGUAUUGUUGUUAAAGGAGAACUCCACCGAAUUUACACAUCAAAGUCUGUUUACAGGUCUGCAUAUGUGAAAAAAAGUUGUAUAAAACCUUUUGUGGCUGCAGAAGGAGCUGCGAAAUGUCGGAUAAAUUGCCUCAAGUGACGUCACUCGAGUCAGCUUCAGUUGCGGCUGAACACUACAAGUUUGAAAAAUGCUAAAUAAGCGUGGAGUUGGAAAGAAGUGAUCUUACCAGACCUCUGUAGCCUGCUCCUAACCUCUGCUUGAGGCUAGCCGGCACCCGAAUCUCUGUCCGAACUGUCGGUGGUUGAGUUGCAUUGUGGGUAAUGUAGGCACUAAGUUUUGACAUGAAAGAAGAAUGUGCGGAAUAAAAAAGACGAUAUCUCUGGUUCUGCAUCGAUUUUGAUCCUUUUUAUUUUAAACUGUCCAUUGUGAGUCAGACAAUGUUAUAGGAGUGCAAUAGGGAUGUCACGAGAACCGAUACUUCGGUACCUCAUUCGAUGCCAAAAUUUUGAAAAAGUGACUGUACUUGUUUUUCUACAGUACCCUAUUUUUUCCUCGAUAUUGCUACAUUGCGAACAACAAAUCUAUGUUGAAAUCUGCUUACCAGCUGCUUAUAGCUAACAUUAACUAGCUCCUGUCCUUUACAUUAUGAUGAGUUCAGGCUCUAUUCAGUGAAAAUGAGUAUUUGGCAAAGGUAAAUUAUAUCGUUAUCAUGGUGAGUUCAAAUGUAAUCUUGUAAAAUGUAGUUUUUGGCGAGAAACUUGAAUAAAUCUAGUUGU